AUGUCCAAAAUUGCGCAUGAGCAACUCAAGAACGACUGGAUCAGGCCUUCUUUCAAUCAUGCCGCGUCUACGCAUGCCAUCUUGGCAUUCACGGCGCUUCGACUAUCCAUGGCACGUCCAGAUGUACCCUACUACGUCAGAUUUGCUGAACGCCAAAGACUUCUCGCCAUAAUGGCGAUGCGGCGAAGUCUGGAGUACUCUGAUGAAGCAACAUGCAAUGAGAAUCUCACGGCCGUAUACAAUCUCAUUUGCUUUGAGGAAACCCUGUUCCUUUCUUCUCUCUCACACUCUGGGAACAAAGCACUGCAGCCGGAUUAUACCCAACUCAAGGCUCAUAUUGAUGGCCUUAGGCAAAUGGUUUCUCUGCGGGGUGAUUCUCAGGUCUCUUUCGACGAUCGGCGUCAGAGGGUCGAGCCAAAUUUCGCAGAGCAACUAAUUCUUGGGCCGUACAGUGGUCCCACGUCAGGGAACAUCGGACUACAGACGAAAAUGGCACUACCCAGAGGGUUGAUGAAACAGAUCUACAGCUACCCAGAGUCUUCAUUCUUUUUUACCGAAUUGACUGUCAAAGCCUCCAGCUGGUGCAAGGCCGGUAUUCAUCACGGGCUCCGCGAGUUCUUGGUAACUGUCGACUGCCUCUUGAAGGAUACAUCCGCCUGGCUUCGUCAGCCUGACAGUUACAAGUGGGACUUGCUAGGUGUCCAGGGUUUAUACGGUUUAGCCAUUGAAAUGUUCCCACGAUGGCAGUACGAAGCAUCCUAUGGGGCAUCAAAUGCGGAUCAUCUAGUGGCGUUGUUUACAGCAGUGCUCAUCUUCUUCAUCAGCAACAACGGCCAGCUCCUGGAUAACAUUCCCAUGCCUUUAUCAGAUAUCCAAGAUCUGGUGUCCGAUCCGAAAGUUUGGCCCACCAUGAGGGCAGCCGGACUGGAUCUAUGGCUUGCGUUUCUGCUUGUGCUUUCUUCAAGUCAUCAGGCUGCCUACAGGGAAUAUUUCUUCAGAAUACACCUCGACACACUAGAGACCCAUAGACCAGAAAUUCGCUCGGUUGAAGACUACGUCGAGAAUUUGCACAACACAUUGUGGCUCCCGCAACGUCUGGACAAUCUUGGUGUGAAUCACUCGUCUCUCCCCGAUCUCGGCGAUCCUUCUUGGCUUUGCUCGGACUUGAUAAUCCGAGCUGCAUUCAAGGCACGUCAGCUGAUUCAUCCAUGCCCGCACCUCUACCAACACCAGCCACAAUCUUCCUCGAUCAACAUCGCCAUGUCAGCAACCCAAUCCAAAGUCGACAUUCUCCGCGAGAGACUAAACACAGCCAAGCCAGCAAUUGCCAUGGCCGCUCAUAGUCCGCUCGGCGCCAAAUUGGUAGAAGAAGCUGGCUUCGGGGCAGUCUGGGUCAGUGGAUUUGAACUGUCAGCUUCAUACGCUGUGCCCGACGCCAGCAUCUUACCCAUGAGCACCAUCCUUGAGAUGACGCGCGCAAUGGGCGAGGUUCAGAACCUCCCUCUCAUUGUCGACCUUGAUACAGGCUUUGGCAACGCGGUCAACGUGGCCUACGCCGUUCCUCGCUUUGCUGCAGCGGGCGCAACGGCCGUCGUCAUCGAAGACAAGGCAUUUCCCAAAGACAGCAGCCUACGGGCUGGAGGCCGACACGCCCUGGUUUCUAUCCCAGAGUUCCAGGGUAAGAUCGCUGCGGCAAAAGUCAGCCCGGUGCUUGUCAUUGCCCGGACAGAGGCAUUGAUCGCUGGAUUGGGAGAGGAAAAAGCCAUAAAGCGUGCUAUGGCCUACGCUGAAGCUGGGGCAGAUACGGUCCUAGUUCACAGCAAGCAAAAAACACCAGAUGAGAUCCUGUCGUUUUGCAAAGCUUGGACGGGGACUGUGCCCCUGGUAAUAGUGCCAACUAGCUACCCGCAACUAUCAUUCGCCGAGGUGGCAGCACUUGACAAGGUUGGACUGAUCAUCUGUGGUAAUCAUGCUGUUAGAGCAGCCGUGGCGUCAAUGAGACGCACGUUUAAACACAUCCUUGAAGACGGAGGUAUUGGUCGAGUGGAAGAGGAGAUAACUCCGGUAUCUGAGAUCUUUGCACUCCAGGGAGAUGACCACAUGCGUUCAGUUGAGAAGGAUUACCUUCGCUAG